CAGAAUUCCUUCAUUCGUCAACUCUUUUACCCAUCCCUUCAUGUUUAGCCUGUUGUUUCAACAAGUUCUUAUUUUUUGCUUUUUUCUAGCUUCGGCCCCUACUCACUUAGCCACCAGCCACUUGAUCUUGGGGCAAUUGAAAGAACUUUUUUGGAGGGAGCUCACACAAGCAAGAGGAAUAAAGAGAAGGAAUAGAGGAAAGCCAUGCAAACAACGGGGCAGCUCAGCAAUUUUGCUCAACAAGCCUAAUGACGACUGACCAGCACAAACUAUUCUGUUUUGACUCAUCCCUGGAAGGUACCCAAAGAACUGGAUAGGACAGAUCUCAAGGAGGAAACUUUUAUCUAUCUUUCUGGCUGACAGGCAAAAGAAAACAGGGUUUGGGUACAGACCAAGAAAGUGUAACAUAGACAUAAAGUGGAGAACAAUUCAAAUGUCAAUUAAAGCAAACAGAAGGGAAUGCUUAGAAGGACAAGAAAGUGAGAAAAAGGGGAAAUAAGUAGCAUUGACAAAACAAAGACUGUUCAAAGAGAAGAGGACUUUUACUGGGGCAGGCUAAAUAAGCAGGUCAAGUAGAGAGAGAGAGGCAAAUAACAUAGUAAAACAUAUUUUUAGAGUGAGGAUGGCCAACUCAGGUCUCCAGUUGUUGGGGUACUUUCUGGCAUUAGGCGGCUGGAUCGGCAUCAUCUCCACCACUGCACUGCCCCAGUGGAAGCAGUCGUCCUAUGCUGGUGAGGCCAUCAUCACAGCUGUAGGUCUGUAUGAGGGGCUUUGGAUGAGCUGUGCCUCCCAGAGUACAGGACAGGUGCAGUGCAAGAUCUUUGACUCCAUGCUCUCGCUGGACAUCCACAUCCAAACAUGCCGAGCUCUUAUGGUGGUGUCAGUGCUGUUUGGCUUUAUUGCCAUCAUCGUCAGUGUGGUAGGAAUGAAGUGCACCAAGGUGGGAGAUAAUAAUCCAUCCACCAAGACCCGCAUUGCUGUCACUGGAGGGGCUCUCUUCCUGCUUGCAGGUCUGUGCACUCUUGUGUCUGUAUCCUGGUAUGCCACUCAAGUGUCCUACCAAUUCUUUAACCCAAAUACACCUUCCAAUGCCAGGUAUGAGUUUGGCUCGGCUCUGUUUGUGGGCUGGGCUGCUGCCAGUCUGACCGUUCUGGGGGGCUCCUUGCUGUGCUGCUCCUGCUCCAAAGAUGACAUACGAGGGCAACAGUAUUAUCGUCAAUCACAGCCUUCAACAGCCAGAGAGGCAGAGUUGUUGAGUGAAACUAGCUUCCCUGACUGAUCAGCCCUGCAUUUUUAUCGAGGACUAUCUGACUGUCCAACCACAGAAUUCCCUUUGUGGUUCCUGUUACAUUGUUGGCCCCAAAUUUGGAUUCCUAUAUCCCUCACUUUGUCAGUUUUAAUGGAAAGAUGUAGGCCAGAUCAUUUAAUCUUCAAAUGAGUCUUUAGUGUAAAUAUGGAUUUUUAAAAGAUAUUUGAAUAGAGCUUUUUUCAGGGAUGAGGUAUUAGCCCUGUCAACACCUUCCAUAUCUCCUGUAGUGUCCUGUUAUUGGCCUGAUAAGUGAAUUAAAAGUGAAAUGAAAAUAUGACAUUGUGCCUUUUUAUGGUAUCAACUAUAUUUACUGAUUUCUUGGUAUGAUAUGUCUCGCUUAAUUUGUUCAAUGGAACUGUAUUUUCACUGAAACAUGUCUUUUUCCCCUCUGAAUUGCAGACCAAAUGUUAAAAGUACCCCACCAGAGAAAGGGGAGCAGUACUUGUAGUUUGGGACUGUCUUCUGAUCUUGCUGUGGCUUAGAUUCUGUCAACAGGCAAAACCCUCCCAAAGAGGAACUCAAACCAGACAAGAACAUAUUUCUGAACUGAUUGUAGCAGAAUAUUUUUUUGGAUUAUAGAAAAUGUUUGAGGAGGUUCAAAAAUUUGAGGUGUUGAGAGGCAGAGGCAUAGAUCACAACCUUGUCUUUUUUAUGAACUUUGGGAGACACAGUCAUUCAGGGUGUGUUUUCUAUAACAUGUUUAAAGGUAUGGGUGUAUAUAUCACACACUCCAUACUGUGUUUUUAUUUACUAAAUAUGUAAUAUUUUACUAUGGUACAUUAUAACCAGUUUGUGUGAAUGUAAUUUCCAAUGUAUUUGAUGAGAUGAUUACCUUUGCUCUCCCUUCCUGUCCUUUGUCUACUUCUGUAUGACUUUUUAUGUUGGAUUUUCAGAAAUAUGUAACUACUCUGCAGUAUCGCUUAUGAACAAAAUAAUAUUAGUAAAUUAGUACUAUCUUAUGUCAUUGUUUUUAAGAAGAAUUUUGCUUGCUGCCAAAAUGUCUAUAUCAAGGAUGUAGCAUUUUAUUUUACUGUUUGUCUUUAAGUUCUCAUUUGUGUCAGGUCUUGCUGACAAUGUCAUCAAGGAGUUUUUGCUCUUAAAGGUAGAGAUGCAUUGAUUAAGCUUUUCCUGGCUGAUGUAUUUUUAAAAAAACAUUAAUUAGCAAUUUUGGGGUCUAACAUGCCAAUUUUAAUUUCAACAGAUUACAAUUCUUUAUUCUGACAAUAUAUAAAGAUAACAAUUAUAUUAUGGUGACUAUAACACAAAGGCAAAAGAACACUGAAUGAUGUUGUAAUUUUAUAUCCAACUGAACUUUAAGGAAAUUUUAAUAAGGGAUGUCCAAAUAAGAUUCUUUCAGCUUGUCAUGGCACAGUCCUCUGAUGUUAAAUUGUCAGUAUAACAAUAUAUAUGUGUGAUAUAUAUGUGUGAUAAUUAUGAGCCCAGAAGAGAUGGUAAGUACUUCAAGCUCCACACCAAGUUGUAUCAAUAUUUGAGUCUUAAUUUUCAAGUGAGGUUUGGAGCAGUUCCUGGUUUGCCCUUUUAUUUUGACAGUUUGUUUACAAACUGCUUGUCAGGGUGACUUAUAACACAAAGUUUAAAAAAAACUUUAGUAACUCAAGUAUGUUACAAUUCCCAUAGUUAGUAGCAGUGUUUAUAGAUUGAAAAUGGUGGGACUGAAAAUAGGAAGAGCAAUAAAACAUUGUUCAGUGUCUGACCUUCUGAUCCCUAGUUAUAGCUGGAAAGUCAAAUAAAAGUCAGUAAAUUUCAAAAGCUGGUCAACUGAUCAGCGCACCUCUACCCACAGGAUGUUCUGCUCUACUUUCUGUCCUAUGAACUAAAGAAUACACGUCUGUGUAAAUGCCAGUAUGUUGAAUGCAUUUAUUUACCAUGGCAUUCAUUUGCCUAAUAUUUAUCCCCUCUGUGUUGUGUAUUAUUUUAUUCACAGUAUACUCAUGCCUGUCUCCUAAAAUGAAGUAAACAGAGACACAAAAUGAUUACAGACUAUGACUCAGUGGUUUGUAAAUUGUUUCUUAAUCUUUUGGUAUUUCCCCAGUCUCCUUCCUCCUUCUUUUGUACCCUGUUGUUCCAUAAUUAUAGCGGUGGAAUUCCAGAUUUACUUGAUUGACCCCUCAACAGGGUGAUCAGCAAGGUUGACUUGCUCACUACUGUUACGACUGAAAAGGCUUAAUGUCUUUUUUGCUUGAGUGAAGAAAACAUUAAAUAACCAUGGCCACAUAUAUGUGUGAUCAACAAAAAUAAUUCCACUGCAGCUUGUAAAACUGUUACUUCAGAAUAAAAAGAAAACGUCGCUCAAACAUUUUUUCUACCACAUGAUUUUCUAUCUACAUACCUAAUGUUGUUGAACUAGUCAAUUGGUCCUUGAGAUCAUUUUAUCUGUAAAUGUUUCUUCUCCUAAUGGCAAUUAUCCUCAUUGAUGUUAGUAAUUGUGGAUUAAUGUUUAGCUCAAAGUUUAGCCAAGUCAAUGUACAAGUGUUACUUGACAGAGAAUUAAAGCUAUUUUCUCAAACUA